AUGCUUAGGUACUCCUCGCCUCGAAAAUCUGGGGGAGAGGAGGAGGAGGAGGAGGAGGAGGAGGAGGAGGAGGAGGAGGAGGAGGAGGAGGAAGAGGAGGAGGAGGAGGAGGAGGAGGAGGAGGAGGAGGAGGAGGAGGAGGAGGAGGAGGAGGAGGAAGAGGAGGAGGAGGAGGAGGAAAGGAGGGCACAGAAGGGCGAGUGCAUAUCUUUAGAUGCUAUGGAUUUAUGCAAUCAGAUUCAUCAGUUGUUCCACCAACAAGUGUUCACAGUCUCUCACACGCUUUAA